CCACGCUAGUCACCAGCAUGCUGUACUCCGCAGACCUAUACCUUCCUUUCUCUCGGGCAUAUGUCUAGAGGUGGACCUGCCGGACCAAAUGCGGAGGAGGUUUUCACUGAUCAGGGAAUGGCGGCUCACAUAACCCAGAGCCGGCUCAAAGCCAAGGGUGUGGGCCAGUACCACAACGCCCAGAACUUCAACAACCAGAGCUUUGAGGACCUGCAAGCAGCCUGUCUGAGGAAGGGAGAGCUGUUCGAGGAUUCCUUUUUCCCUGCCGAACCCAGGUCCCUGGGCUUCAAGGAUCUGGGUCCCAACUCCAAAAGUGUGCAGAACAUCUCCUGGCAGAGGCCCACUCAAAUCUCAAGAAAUCCUUACUUCAUUAUGAACGAGGUCAGUCCAACAGACAUCUGCCAGGGCGUACUUGGGGACUGCUGGCUGCUGGCUGCCAUUGGCUCGCUCACCACAUGCCCCAAACUUCUGUACCGUGUGGUACCCCGGGGCCAGAGCUUCCGGAAAAACUAUGCAGGCAUUUUCCAUUUUCAGAUUUGGCAGUUUGGACAGUGGAUGGACGUGGUUGUGGAUGACCGGCUGCCCACAAAGAACGGCAAGCUGGUGUUCGUGCACUCAGCAGAGCGUGCCGAGUUCUGGAGUGCCCUACUGGAGAAGGCCUAUGCCAAGCUGAGUGGGUCCUAUGAAGCCCUGUCAGGAGGCAACACAGUAGAAGGCUUUGAAGACUUCACAGGGGGCGUGACCUAUAGCCUCCAACUCCAGAAGCCCCCUCGGAACCUGCUGAGGAUUCUUAGGAAGGCCGUAGAGCGAUCCUCCCUCAUGGGCUGCUGCAUCGAAGUCACCAGCGAAAGUGACCUGGAGACCAUGACCCAGAGGAUGCUGGUGAGAGGACACGCCUACUCCGUGACCAGCCUCCAGGAUGUCUUCUAUGGAGGCCAGACGCAAACACUGCUUCGGGUCCGGAAUCCCUGGGGCCGGGUCGAGUGGAAUGGAGCCUGGAGUGACAACGCCAGCGAGUGGGACAAGGUGGCCCCAGAAACCCGGAAACAGCUGCUGCGGAAGAAGGAGGAUGGGGAGUUCUGGAUGUCCUACCAAGACUUCCUGGACAACUUCACCCUCCUGGAGAUCUGUAACCUGAUGCCUGACACGUUCUCUCUGGUGGACCAGGCCUGCUGGCACACCACCUUCUAUGAGGGCGGCUGGCGGAGGGGCAGCACUGCGGGGGGCUGCAGGAACCACCUCGACACAUUCUGGACCAACCCCCAGUUUAGGAUCUUUCUUUCCGAGGAGGACGACGACCCCGAGGAUGAGGAAGCUGUCUGCACCUGCCUGGUGGCCCUGAUGCAGAAGAACUGGCGACGGGCACGGUCCCACGGUGCCCAGCUGCAGACCAUUGGCUUUGUCCUCUACACGGUCCCAAAGGAGGUACAGAAGACGUGGGGCUCGAUUCGGGGCAGGCACUGCCCCAUCUCUGGCUGCAUGUGGACGGGCAAGGGGUGGAAUUCAGCCAAGGCUCUCAGCCAGGGCUACUGGUUUCAGAACAUCCAGGAUACUUACUUGAAGAAGGACUUCUUCAUAAAGUACCAGGACCAUGGCUUCUCAGAGAUCUUCACUAACUCGAGGGAGGUGAGCAGCCAUCUCCGGCUGCCUCCCGGGGAAUAUGUCAUCGUCCCUUCCACCUUCGAGCCACACAAGGACGCCGACUUCCUGCUACGGGUCUUCACAGAGAAGCACAGCGAGUCCUGGGAACUGGAUGAAGCCAACUAUGCUGAGCUACUCCAAGAGGAGAAGUUCUGUGAGAAUGACAUAGACCAAGACUUCGUACGAUUGUUUGAGAUAGUGGCAGGAGGAGAGGACAAGGAGAUAGGCAUGUAUGACCUACAGAAGCUGCUCAACAAGAUGGUCACCAAACUCAGAAACUUCAAGACCCAGGGCUUUGGCCUGGAUGUGUGCCGCUGUAUGGUCAAUCUCAUGGAUAAAGAUGGCUCUGGCAAGCUGGGGCUUCUGGAGUUCCAGAUCCUGUGGAGAAAAAUCAAGAAAUGGACGGACAUCUUCCGAGAGUGUGAUGAGGACAACUCAGGCAGCUUGAACUCCUAUGAGAUGCGUUUGGCAAUUGAGAAAGCAGGCAUCAAGCUGAAUAACAAGGUGACGCAGGUCCUGGUGGCCAGAUAUGCAAAUGAGGACAUGAUGGUGGAUUUUGACAGCUUCAUCAGCUGCUUCCUGAGGCUGAAGGCCAUGUUCACAUACUUUCUAUCCAUGGACCCCAAGAAUACUGGCUACAUUCACUUGAAUCUGAACCAGUGGCUGCAGACCACCAUGUGGGGAUAGAUGAGCCACCAAAAACCUGGCUCCCACCACCACCGUUGCGGGGCUCCGGGCUCAGGGGCAGGGGAUUCCCUGCUGCUCUGGGCUCUUCAUUCCCUGCCUGGAAUGAGCUCCAGGUAGCGGCACCUGGGCCCCAGGCACCAGGCUUAACUCCAGCACCAGGCCUUCCAUGGGCCACCCUCCCAGCCCAGAAUGUUUCUCUUUAUUCCCAGCCAGCUUCUGGUGGCUGGAUUUCCCUGAGUCUCUCUCCCUCUCUGAGUAUAUUCUAUUGAAGUUUAAGUGUCACUUCCCCAAUGGCUGUGGAGGCUCUCCACACCUUCCUGCUCACACUUACCUGCUGCUUAUCCCUCCAGGCCCCUCCUUCUCUUCUCUCCCUCCCUUGGGGGCAUUAUGAUAAUAAACAGCCCAUGCUACUGGC